AUGAGGAGACCGAAGAAUGGUGGGUUCAAUGCGACAGGUGUGAAGCCUGGCAGCAUCAAAUAUGUAGUUCUGUUGUUUCAGAAAAUUAAAGGUGUAGAAGUGUGUCUUUUUGGUAUGUAUGUAAGAGAAUUUGGAGCAGAGUGUCCGCAGCCAAACCAUCGGUGUGUUUAUCUUUCUUAUCUGGAUUCAGUUAAGUACUUCAGGCCUGAGAUUAAGGCUGUGAUAUGGGAGUCUCUUCGUACAUUUGUAUAUCAUGAAAUUAUGAUAGGUUACCUAGAAUAUUGCAAAUUACGUGGUUUCACAAGUUGCUAUAUUUGGGCAUGCCCUCCAUUCAAGGGGGAAGAUUAUAUCUUGUAUUACCAUCCUGAAAUCCAGAAGACACCAAAAUCUGAUAAACUAAGAGAAUGGUCCAAAAUACUUCCAUUGGAUCCGAAAUUAGGGAAAAUGCCGAUAAUGGGUGCUUUUUUUCGUUGCUUUGAUCCUAUUCUUACAAUUGGUGCUGGACUUGGUGUCAGGGAUCCUUUUAUUUUGCCUCAAGAGAAGAAAGAUGCGAGUAAUCCAACUACUUCACACAAGGGCAUUUUGGUCUUUUCCUGA